CGUCUCCUGAGUUCUCCAGCGUGAAUCUCUCCACUCUCCUCUGACGCUCCUGGAACAUGAUGGAUCCUCUGUUGCUGUUCAGCUUCAACUCCUCCAUCAUCACAUCCCUGGGAACGCUGAUCUUCUUCCCCAGGUGAAAGGAAAGAGCAGCAUGUGUCUGUGAGAGGUCUACAUCUGUUAAUACUCAAAGUCACCAGCCGCUGACAUUAUAACAAUAGAGCUGAAGAGUUUGAGGACGUUUAAAACCAUUCCUGAUUCUCCUGAGCGAUUCUCGAGACCGGGACUGUGAGCCGCAAACCUCUGAGACGAAAGAUCUUUUUAUUUUCCUGGACAUACUCCGUUGUGUGUCGGGAUGUACGGGCUGCUGUGUGAAAGUCUCCAUGACUUCAUUAAGGAGUCGUACGGUGACGAUGUGUGGAAACUGGUCAGAGAGAGAGCCGACGUCAGACUGCACUCCUUCGUAACUCAUCAGGUCUACAGUGAGAGUGUGAUUCCACGUAUCGCCAAAGCAGCGAGUGGCGUUACAGGAACACCCUAUAAUGAGCUCAUGAACUCAUGGGGGGUUUAUUUCCUUGGAUUCGUGGGGAAAUACGGAUAUGACCGAAUCCUCAAGGUGUUGGGCCGCCAUGUGCGUGACUUUGUAAACGGUCUGGAUAACUUGCAUGAGUACCUGCGCUUCAGUUACCCGAAAGUCCAGCCUCCGACCUUCUUCUGCCAGGAGGAAUCAGCGACAGGAGUCACACUGCAUUACAGGAGCAAGCGUAAAGGUUACCUGCACUACGCGAUGGGUCAGCUGAGACAGAUGGGGAAACAGUUCUACGACACCGACAUCCACGUGGAGGUUUUGUCGGAGCAGCUGGUGGGAGAUUAUUCCCACGUCACCAUGAGAUUAAACUUUGAUAACUCUGCGUAUCGAUAUAUCCAGAAAGAGGACGAAGAGGAGCAAGAGAUCCUUCCCAUCACCAGCGACUUUUUCUUCGAAGUUUUUCCCUUCAACAUCGUGUUUAGACAGGAUAUGGUUGUGCAUAACGUGGGCUCCGGAUUGGCCACUGUCUUUCCUGAUCUGGAUGGGAAGAAGAUCAAUGAUGCUUUUCUACUCGCGCGUCCUCUUGUGGAGUUCACAUGGAAUAUGAUCAUCUCCCACCCCAACAACCUGUUUGAGAUCAUGUCGAAGGAGCCGGUGAAGCGAGAGAGGAACCUUAAUAACAGAGUUCAGAGUAAGAAAGACUCUGAUUAUGAGAACGCCAAUCGCUCGGCUGACGUGGAUGUGGAACUGAUGGCCUUUCAGUCGAUCAUCAAGGACGAUUAUAAAGAUCAAGUUCUUCUGUGGAUGGUGUCAGAUGGAAACAGUGUGAACGCCACGGAGAGCUGGGGAGACGGCAGCCGCUGCCUGAAACUGAAGGGUCAGAUGAGGUUCAUGCCGGAGUGGGACUCCAUCAUCUUCCUGGGGACUCCAGUCAUGGAGAGUUUGAGUGCCAUGUUUAAGACGGGGCUGUACAUCAAUGACCUGAGCAUGCAUGACUCCAGCAGAGAUCUGGUGCUGGCGGGAACUCAGCAGUCUGAAGAGCUCAAGAGAGCCCUCAUACAGGAGCAAAAGAAAUCCAGCAAACUAGAGGAGAGCAUGAAAAUGUUGGACUAUGAGAUGAAAAAGACUGAUGAUCUUCUGUACAGGAUGAUUCCUAAACCCGUUGCUAAGCGACUGCGUAAGGGAGAGCCAGCUGUGAACACCUGUGAGGUGUUUCCUGAUGUGACCAUCCUGUUCAGCGAUGUGGUGGGCUUCACUCGGAUCUGCAGUCACAUCACACCCAUGCAGGUGGUGUCCAUGCUCAACACCAUGUACACACUCUUCGACACGCUCAGCGAGAAACACCGAGUGUUCAAGGUUGAAACUAUAGGUGAUGCGUACAUGGUGGUGGCAGGCACUCCAGAAAAGACGAGGUAUCACGCCCACAAUAUUUGUGACAUGGCUCUAGAUAUGGUUCGCUCUAUUGAUCAUCUCAAAGACCCGUCCAACGGGAACAACAUCCAGAUCCGCGUGGGCAUUCACUCUGGUAUGGUGGUCGCUGGGGUCGUAGGUCACAAGAUGCCUCGCUACGGUCUUCAUGGGGACACAGUCCACACAGCUUCAGCCAUGGAGUGCAAUGGGAAGGAGAUGCACAUUCAGCUGAGCAGCGCUACUUACGAGCACCUGAAAGGAAGUCACUUCAUCUUUGAGAGACGUGGGACCAUCACCAUCAAGGUCACUGUGGAGAUCGAGACGUACUGGCUGAAGGGAAAGCGAGAUAAGGAUGGAAACGCUCAGGCCGCCUGCCCACAGUUUGAGGCUCAGGCCGUCAGUAAAGCCACCGCUUCUCCUGAACCACACGCUGACGAGGACCUGCCGGUGUUUCCCUCAGUGACCGAUGAAGACGAGGACGGUGUGAAACCCCUUCGCUCUCAGCGCAUGCAGAUGAAAACCUCAAGACACUCUCGGGAGGAGUCCAUGAAGGAAGAAGCGUCGGUGCGUACGGACAACAGUCUCCAGGACACACACACUCAACUCGACUCGGACGAGUUCGAUGGCCGAGAGUCUCCCGCCGGAUCCUGUGAUUCCCACGGCUCGGAGAAGAGCACCAUGUGCUCCGUGUGCUAACGUUUCUGAUCUGAAUUUAUAGACUAAAUAAUUCUGUAAUUUCUGGAUUCUCUUGUAAAGAGAUUAGAUGUGUUACUGAACUGAAAUGUGCUUAUUGUGUUGUUUUCUCAUCUCUACUCAGUCUCAUUUAGCUUAAAGCUUAAUAAAUCUAUGUUUUUAUUUU